AUGUCGGACGUCAGACUGAUCUCGGAAUGGAUGGGAGAGAAUAACGAGACCCGCGCAUACUACGCAUUGGAUCGCGAGAUGCUCACUGCUCAUCGUGAGGAAAGGGACGCACACGCCGAGAACAUAGCACGGUCUCUCCUCGAACAUGCCAACAUUCCUCUCCUGAUCCGUGCCCGCGCAUGCAUGGUCAUCGGCUGCUCGAACGCUCCAGACCAUCUCGAUAUGGCAAAAGAAGCAGUGCGCAUCGCAGAGCUCGGUCGCAGUAGAUGCGUUUCCCCGGGAGACUUCGAGAAUCAGCUAGUCGCCGAUUGUCGCGAAGUGUGUCGAGGAGCUCAAGCUUUCUGGGAUGCAAAUCACCAAGGCACGGCAGGUUGA